AUGCUAUGCCACGUCGAGCGGGCGCGCCGUCCUCCAGCGUAUUCAUCAAUCGCCGAAUACUUUAGGAGAAUCGAAGGCACAAUGUGCGAAAACGUCAUCAUCAUACCUCACAUGCAGAUAUUCCGUAAUGAACUUCGCUUUUACAAUCGCGCCAUUACGCUCAAAGAGGGAAAUCGAGCAGGUAAGCGUCGUAUCGACCUCGGAAUUGAACUCAUCUCACCAGUGGCGCAUUGGCGCGACGGCACCCGAUCCUCAAACGUUUCACCCGGUCGUUGUAAAUUAACUUUCGUCUGGCUCACAGAUGACAGCAAAACGAUAGGGCAAGAGAUGGUGGUUGAACACGUGCAGCUCUACACGUGCUUGUGA